AUGGAAUUGCCGGUAAAGUUGCCUGUUUCGGGUGGCAAAAAACCUCCAUACAAAAUAGAAACCAAAAACUUGUCCUACACAUUUUGCAGCCCAUACAAUGAAUUCAAUUGGGCUCUUCGGCAUUGCAAGACGGCGAAGAGGUCCCCUAGUUUCAUAUUAAAAGAUGUGAAUUUCGAAGCCAGGCCCGGGGAGAUCACCGCCAUUGUGGGUCCUAGUGGGGCUGGAAAAACAACACUGCUAGAAAUUGUCGCGGGAAAGGUAUCGUCGCCAAGUAAAGUGUCCGGUCAGGUACUCGUAAACCACGGUCCCAUCGAUGCAAAAUGUUUUCAGAGAAUUUCAGGCUAUGUCACUCAAGAAGAUGCUCUAUUUCCUUUACUAACUGUUGAAGAAACACUAAUGUAUAGUGCUCUUUUGAGGCUACAGGGUGGGAAAACAGAGGCGGCGAGCAGGGUCAGAGUUCUGAUGAAUGAUCUUGGAUUGGAUAUGGUGGCGGGUUCACGGGUAGGUGAAGGGUCGAACCAUGGUGUUUCGGGAGGGGAAAGGAGGCGGGUUUCAAUUGGAGUUGAGUUAGUCCAUGAUCCUCCUGUUGUUUUUAUUGAUGAACCAACUUCAGGGUUGGAUUCAAAUUCAGCAUUUUCUAUAUUGGGCUGGGCUUGA